UUGGCUUCUAUUCAAGGCAGACCACUGUUUAGUUCGCGCCCAGCCCUUUAAUCGGGGCAGGCGUCGGUUUAUUUAAGGAUUUGCUGUAGAUUCAUGGAGACGGUGUGAACCAAGCAAUAAUUUUGCUGUUUGUUACAGUUUUUUUUAUAGGGAACGAUAACCGUAAAGAGGUGAGAGUGCGCAUGCGUUGAAAAUGGUGGCCAGACAAUCCAGAGCUCCGAAAAAUAUAUAAAAAACUAUGUAAAGAUACACACUGGAAGUGAGCAGAUUGCUUAAAACUCUAUGAAACAGACUGCCGAGAAACAGAAAAGAGACAUGUAAGUCAAUAAUGCGAAAUAUCAAUUAAUUAUGACAAUUAAAUCUGUGAAUCCGAUACACGGCUUACAUUCGGAGCACAAUUUUCAAGUUCGAAAUUGCGUUGUUGGAUAAGAUGUCAGACUGUGAUGCAGAAUAGAAAUUUAUACUGUUUCUAAAUUUACUAGAACAUGAACUAUAACUUCCAGAUACAAAUAAACUACCUGGUAUAAUAUAAAAGAAGCGUUUGUAGCGAACUGUGAGAACUACUCACUAGAAAGAAACAUGGCGACAAGCGAUGAACUGUCUACAGUUCUCCAUAACACACGAGAGGUGAUAUAUGGAAGUAGCGCCAAGACUGAGACACUACCACUAGAUCUGUUGAUAGAUUUAAUGUCAAAAAUGAACACCAGACUUUCUAACAUUGAAACGUAUGCGAAAAAAAUUGAAGAUGUUGAAACGUAUGCUAAAAAAAUUGAAGAUGUCCAGUCGUCUAUCUUGUCACUUGCUAACAAAGUUUAUUCGUUGGAAGCUGACGUUAAGAACGUUAUCACCGAUAAACGAAACAUGGAAUCCAAUUUCCAAGGUCUGAGUAAUUUGUACGAUUGUGUGAAGGAAACAGGUGACAAAAAUAAAGCGGAAAUAGAAGCGAUAAAACGGACAAUUAAAAACACUGGUAAUGACAACGCGGAAUACAAAAAAGAAAUAGAGUCGCUGAAAAAGGACAAUUAUGAAAUGAGAGAUUUGAUAACCGAUCUACAAUGCCGAUCUAUGAAAUGUAACCUCAUCUUCACCGGUCUUGCCGAAAACCCUAACGAAAUUACAGAGUACGUAAUAAGAGAAUUUCUUGGAAAUGAACUUGGCUUGGAUUACGAUUUUGAGUUUGGUAAUGUACAUCGUUUUGGCAAAAGACGACUUGGUUCAUCUCGCCCCAUUGUUGCUCGCUUUCUGUACCACAAGGAUAUCGUACUGAUAAAGUCGAACGCGUACCAGCUCAAGGGAAAACCUUACGGUAUCAGUGAGCAGUUCCCCCCGGCGAUCGAGGAACGCCGUAAGAAACUGUAUCCCAUAGCCAAACGCCUGAGACAAGCUGGACACAGGACGAAACUGUUACGGGACAAGUUAUUUGUAGAUGGGAAACCUUACGAGGAGGCAAAUUACACCGAUUAUCGGUCGUUCCGAGAUGUAGUACAAAACAAGCCACGCCAACAGCGACCAAGUCCUACACACGCACAGGCACAGAAACAACCGCGCGUUUGUUCAUCGCCAACGGUAACAACCGACCCCCCUCACCUAUCUGGCGCAGACCCCAUCACUUAUCUGGCGCAGACCCCCCUCACGUAUUCGCCGCAGACCCCAAUCACCCAUCCGCCGCAAACGGAGCGAUGUCGGCUACAUAGGACGGGCUGGAGGGUGAACAUGUGAUCAAAAUUAUGACAUGGAAUGUUCAAAGGAGACUAGCUUUUAAACUUUGCGACAGCGAAUUUGUUAAUAUUAUUUCAGGAUGUGAUUUGCUCUUUUUAAAUGAAUGUUGGAUUGAUAACACUGAUGAUCUCAAUGUAAACGAAUUUAUCUUAGCCGCCCGCAUAGUACGAUCGAAGUGUAAGGGUGGUGGCUGUGUUUUGUAUUACAAAAAUUGGUUACAUAAAUAUAUAUCUAUUGUCAAGAUAUGUGCCGAUACAUACUGCUGGGUUAAACUUGACAAAUCCCUGUUUGUAAAUAAACUUCACGUAUUUAUUUUAUGUGUGUACAUACCUCCUGAAAAUAAUGUGUUUUAUGUUAAAUAUGACUGUGACAUUUUUGAUAUGAUAUACAAUGACAUUUUGAUCUUUCAAACCCAGGGCGAGGUAUUGUGUAUAGGUGACUUUAACGCGCGCACUGGAGCGGAACCGGAUUAUAUCCCACUGGAUCGGCUUGAUGAUCAAGUGUUGCGUAACAUCGGUGAACUGUUUGACUAUGUCUCUGACGAGUGUUCAACGCCAAGAGUGUCUCAAGACAAAACUGUAAAUAACUUGGGUCGUAACUUGUUACGCUUGUGUAAAGCUACUGGUAUCCGUAUUGUGAAUGGCAGAUCACCUGGUGAUAAUAUUGGUCGUUUUACUUUUUAUCAUAGAAAUGGAUCAAGCUGUAUUGACUACGCUAUAUGCUCCAACGACAUACUUCAUAUCGUUAGCGACUUUACAGUGUGCGAUUUUAAUAUGUUUUCUGACCACGCGCCCUGUUUGAUCGAGGUUGUUUGCUCAUUGAAAUUUUUUAACAAAGUUGUAGUUAAUAAAGGUAAUCCUUUAUAUAUGACUUUAACUAUCUGGAAUGAGGAAUGCAAGGUUGAUAUUUUAAACAGUUUAAGCGGAAAGUCCGAACAAUUACAGAUUCUCUUUCAAAAUAUUUGUCCCACCAAAGAAAGUAUUGAUAAAUCAGUUACUGAUUUAACUCAUCUGAUAAAUGACUCGACCAAACAAUUCUGUUCCCACACUGUUAAAUGUACAACUGUUGGAGGUCAUUGUCUAAAAUCAGUCCGUGACAAACCAUGGUUUGAUGAUAAGUGCCGUGAGUUAUAUCGCAGUUACAAGGAGGCUCUAUAUUUGUUUAACAAGCAUUCUUCAUUCGAGAACAGGUAUAAUUUAGCUGUAAAAAAGAAAACAUAUAAACAGCAUAUAGGUAAAGCAAAACGAAUGUAUUUAUAUCAGGAAGGUAACCUGUUGCAUUAUUUGAAAAAAACAUAACCCAAAGCAAUUCUUCAAGCGUUUUAAGAACAAACGUAAGCAAGUUAAUACGUCAUUAACAAUCAACGAUUUUUUUAUACAUUUUAAAAAUUUAACAAACACCGAUCAUGUUGAACAGGUUAAUAUUACCCAAAUGAUAGAUGCAUUUGACGAUACCUCAGUUAAUACCCAUAAUGAAAGUGUUUUUGAAGAAUUGGAUAAAAUAAUAACACCUGCUGAGAUUGAACAUGUUAUUUCAAAUCUUAAACGAGACAAAACCCCUGGCCAUGAUCUUCUGUUAACUGAAUAUUUCAUAGAAUUUAAAGACAUUUUAUUACCCGUUUUAAGCAAGCUAUUCAAUAGCAUUAUUGAUUGUGGUUAUUUCCCCAAUUCUUGGUCAAACGGGAUCAUCCUACCCUUAUACAAAAAGAACGACCCUAACGAUGUAGGCAACUAUAGAGGUAUAACUUUAUUAAGUGUUAUAUCCAAAAUAUUUACUUCUCUUAUUAACAAUAGACUUCUACAAUGGAGCAGUAAUCACAAUAUUAUAUCUGAUGCCCAGUUCGGAUUUAAGCCUGGCUAUGGAACUUGUGAUGCAAUUUUUUCCAUACAUAGUCUGCUAUCAUCCACUUUAGCGCAUAAAAAACGUUUAUAUUGUUGUUUCAUUGAUUACAAAAAGGCCUUUGAUAGUAUUAAUAGAAAUAGUCUUUGGUAUAAACUAAUCGGAUACGGUGUCACAGGAAAACUAUUAACUAUAAUUAGAUCAAUGUAUAAUGAUGUUAAAUCAUGUGUUAAACACCACGGGUCCUUCUCUGAUUCUUUUUCAACUAGUGUGGGUUUAAUGCAGGGAGACGCACUAUCGCCUAUGCUCUUUUCUCUUUUUGUCAACGAUAUUGAACUUGACCUGUUAAACCACUGCAAUAACUCUUACGAAUUGAAAUAUUUGAACUUAUUAUUGCUAAUGUAUGCUGACGACACAGUUAUUUUUUCAGAAAGUACAGAAGGCUUGCAAGAAAUGUUAAAUUGUCUAAAUAUAUAUUGUUAUAAGUGGAAUUUAUGUAUUAAUACCGAUAAGACCAAGGUUCUUAUAUUUCGUAACGGAGGUAUUAUACGAGAUAAUGAAAAGUGGUAUCUAGGGGAUAACGAAUUGGAAAUAGUAAAUGAAUUCAAUUAUCUGGGAUUGGUAUUAAAAUUCAAUGGAAAGUUUGUUGAGACACAAAAAUGCAUUGCUAAUCAAGGUCGCAAAGCUUUAUUUGGUUUGCUGAGAAAAUUUAAUGAUUGUAACCUUAAUGUAGAAACUAAGUUAUAUUUGUUUGAUACUUAUGUUAGCAGCAUAUUAAGCUAUUGCUGCGAGAUUUGGGGAUACCAUAGCGCUACAGAUAUUGAAAAGGUACACAUCGAUUUCUGCAAAAGAAUACUUGGUGUAAGUA